AGACACAUCAGACACACCAUGUUUACAUACAUGCAAGGUCGCGCCUUUGUACAAGUGUAUUUAGUGAAAUAUUCAUGCAUGGUUGCGGACUGAAUAGCGGUUGCUAAGCGCUGUACAAAGAAAUCAAUGACAUCUACACGGUAUAUACACGCGCUUUGAAAAGGCCAGUCAGUGCAGUGUCACUUCGUAUACAAGGUGAAAUCACCCAGCAACAUUGUGCACAAAAAAAAAUCACCACUCAAAAACGAAAGUUGUCAAAAAUCGGCCAAGAAGAUGUCAUCGCCGACGUCACAGCCAAGUGAGGCUUCUGCCAAGUCUCGUCCAAGCACGUGUGCUUCGAGCAACUCUCGCGAGACCUGGAUGACAGCCAGAGGUACCACGCGUAUGGGCAAAGGGAUACUGGUUUUUACAGGACCAGAAGGCCGAAAGAACCAAGACGUGAAAGUGAACGAAGACAACCGGUACGUUGGUAUUGGGGAAACGUCGCCCGAGAAGUCCAGCGAAUUGCUGUACCUGUACCGACCGGCCACGGGCGCCCCCUUCCACCGGGCCAAAAGCGAUAUUCCCGGCUCGAUCGGCUGGGGCAUGCCGCGGACCGGAGACCCGAGGACCUGGCCCGUUCACUUGAAUAUAUGUUCCCAAGAGGAAUUCAAGAAUUCGAGGGAGAGCGCACAAGGAAUAUGGAAUAAUAGAUGAUGUUCGACAUCGGGGAUGAAUUAAUGAACUUCAUCCAAGGACGUAUAUGACACCACCAGACUGUUUUCUCGCGCACACGGAUCGUUAUAUACAAUGUUGCACUUGCCAAUGAAUGUGUGAACUGAUUGUAUGAGGUUGUGAAUUGAAAGCACAUUGCAGAAUGCAGAUGCUUUGAAAGACGCCCUCAACUUUUUUUUGGUCUCCGCACUAAAUGUUCUGAGCGGGCCUCGGCGAAUGGAUGACGCUCAAACCAUAAUACAGCCAUAAUGGUUGUGAAGGGCGAUUUCUAAAGUUUACGUAGCACUUUAUUUUGAAUGAAACUACAUGUACACAGACAUGUUCACGUUGGCGGGUGAAAUCUUUGAAAAUUAAUUUCUCCCGUUUGGAAGACCGUAUCUUCAUGCAACUUUCAGGAUUUACAUCCCCUAUAAUGAUCAAAGUAUGUGCUAAAAGUCGUUGUGAUUAUGUUCAUUUACUUUGCGUUGAAAUUGGAAAAAUUUCAAUCCAAAGUCCAAACUUCUUGUACUUUGGCUCUGCCAAGAGGGGGCGCUAUAUAGACCAGUUUCAGAGAGUGACUCGUAAAAUGCCAACCAUUGGCACUUUUCAUCCACGGGUUGGCAAACUAUGGAAAAUCAACAAUGCAAAAAAACCCAGCAAUUGUUAUUAAUGUUUUCAAACAUUUCAUUGGAUUGUUGAAAUGUAAUAUAACACAAAAAAAGGCUACCAAAGACACGAAAGGCUUAAUAAUAUGCCUCUUUUAACACAAUGAGGGUGUUAAUAAGCAUUUUUUUGCAAAAUCUGUUGCCAACCACGGCUUUAAUUUAUGCCUUGUGGCAGUCCAUACAAAAUGGCGCUCAAUGUUUACAAACAAAAGAAGGGUUUUUAUAAUCAACACGAUUUAAACACAAUUUUGCUGGAGACAUUCCAACAGCAGCUAUAUACAAAACACCAAUCAACUUAGAUUGUAUGAGAUUUCUAUAGAAUGUGACUGGCUCACAGAAAUUUUGUUUUUGGGCCGAGCAAGAUAUUCUGCCAAGACGCGCCAUUAAAUAUGGCUUCACCAGUUCGAUAUUUUCGACCUGUGUUCCAAUCCUCCUACAUUUCCCAACCAUAACUUUAUCAUGCACCAUUAUAUAUAUAAAUCACGCACGUCUUGUAAGUUCGAACACUGUAUUUCAAGGAACUCUUUUGGUGCAAAUAGAACAAGUUCAGAAUAUUCUGUUUAAAUUUACUUUACGUUAUUAAAGGUUUUGGACUCUUGUGUAUAUUGUACAAUGUGUGCAUAAUCUCAGCUCGUCACAGUGAUCUCAAAUUAUCGUCGAGCAAUUAACUGAAUAAAGAUUCACUGUUGGCACGCGAAUGGCGGAGUCUAUUACG